GUUCACUGAUAUGAAGACCUCCCCAGAUACAAUGCAGGGAUUCUAUGCAGCCAUGGGUCCUGAGAUAGCAGAUGGCCUCACGCUAACCGUCCAGGUCCUCACUACAGGGUCUUGGCCAACUCAGUCAAGUUCCACGUGCAACCUUCCUCCAGAAAUCCUGGGGGUCUGUGAGAAGUUCCGAACAUAUUAUCUUGGAACCCAUACUGGGCGGAGAUUGUCCUGGCAAACCAAUAGGGGUACUGCUGAUUUGAAAGUGACAUUUGCGAAAGGGCAGAAACAUGAACUGAAUGUUUCAACGUACCAGAUGUGUAUUCUCAUGCUGUAUAAUAAUGCUGAUAUGCUGAGUUAUAAAGAAAUUGAACAGUCAACAGAGAUACCUGCAUCCAACUUGAAGUGGUGCUUGCAGACUCUGGCCUGUGUUAAGGGGAAGAACAUUCUCCGGAAAGAGCCCAUGAGCAAGGACAUUUCUGAGGGUGAUGCUUUCUUCUUCAAUGACCAAUUCACGAGCAAGUUCUACAAGGUAAAGAUAGGCACUGUCGUUGCACAAAAAGAGUCGGAACCAACAAAGCAGGAGACCCGGCAGAGAGUGGGGGAAGACAGGAAGCACCAGAUUGAGGCAGCGAUUGUGAGGAUCAUGAAGUCUCGGCGGGUGCUGGAUCACAACAACAUUGUUGCCGAGGUCACAAAGCAGCUGCAAUCACGAUUCCUACCAAACCCAGUUGUAAUAAUGACGAGGAUCGAGUCGUUGAUUGAUCGUGAAUUUUUAUAAAGGGACAAGGUAGAUAGGAAGUUGUGCCGUUACCUGGC